AUGAAGCAACAAGAACAGCAGCAAAGCGCUGCGACGAAUGAUGCCGCAGACGACAAGACGACGGAAGAGGAACGAGCAGGAUGCAACGCCAACACCGAGUUUGAGGACCGCGGACCAGCAGUAUUAUACGGAUCCAUUGCUCCGCUUCCCUCUGUGGACGAGCUACAACGGUGUCACACGAGCACCGGCACACCUGGAUCAUUUGCCGUUGCUCCGAUACCCUUUGCCAUUAAUGACCCUCCUGUUUCCAUGGAGCCGCCAAUGACAGGCAACCUACAUGGAUCCAUUGCUCCGCUUCCCUCCGUGAACGAACUUGGACGGGGUCACACGAGAGCCAGCACGAGCACGAUCACGAGCACACCUGGAGCCUUUGCCGUUGCUCCGACUCCCUUUGUCAUUAAUGACCCUCCACCUCCUUCCAUGGAGCCAAUGGCGUCCACAGCCGACGACUCAAGACUGGUGGAAGCAGAGUUGGUGACUCCUCCCGUGGAAGCCAUACAAGUACUGUCGUCGGAUGAUUUGGAAAGCCAAAGAAAAAAGGACAUUCCAGAGCCAACUAUGGCCACAACAAGCGUUGGUUGCUUGUUUCGUUGCUUCUUUGUGCCUUGGUGGCUGCUCUGGUUGUUACACUUCUUCAUGGCAAUCAGCAUGAAUGAUGCUGGUGCUGCCAAUCUGUCACUGCCAGAGAUCAUUACACCGGCUCCAACCUAUGACUAUCCCUGCUUUUCAGAGUCUCUGGAGUUGAACUUUGCUCUGGUUGAAAACCCCCAACAAGAUCUCUUUGUCAUGUGCCCCAACUCCCAUAUCCAAAUUGGUAUCAUGAGAAUACCCAACGUCAACAACACCUAUCGAAAUGGCCAGGAACCGUUGUACAUUGUACGAUCCAAUGUCGAAGUCCGCUGUGGCCUCGAUGGUUCAUCCAGCAACAACUGCACUUUGGACGGAGGAACCAGUCAGCUUGUCAUAAUGUACUAUGGAGAAAAUCAGUAUGGGAUUACCCAACAAGACGUUCAGAAUGUGACCGUUCGUGGGAUCACCUUUACCGGGACCUUGGAUCAACAUUUUCAGUUCGGGUCCGCAUCGGUGCUCGUCGCCAACCAACAAGCCAAAGAUAUCCAACUCAUUGAUUGCCGGUGGCAACAUAUCUCCGUUCAGUUUUUUCUGGUAUACGUUGGAAUCAACCCCUACCUAUGGAGCCAGGGCACAAUGUCUUUACCAACUCAAGGGAAUCAGGUAUCCAUCGCCAACAGCACCUUUACCAACAUCACAUAUGGGAGUGCUCUGUUUGUGGCUAUGGACCAAGUCAUUUCCAUUGAAAGGAGCCACUUUUCCGGCUUGAAGGUUGUGGAGGACACACGAUACUGUGACUUGCAAGGUCCCGUGUUUUGCACCAACGUCAUGUAUUGUGCCCUAGAGAGCCAGUGCUCCAUGCAUGCUACGUGUCUGGAGGACGUGGAAUAUUUCGCCGAUGCUGGACUAUUGAUCGGUUCGCCACAGGCUGAGUGGGAUAUUUCUAGCAUCCAUCUUGCCAACAACGGAGACCUUGUGUUGGCCGAUCGCCAGCUCGAUGCCAAUCUAUUUGAGAAUUGUGACUCUGGAGUCGGCCAGUACAACGAUGACAUGUUCAGGACGAUGGAGUGUUUUGAUCCAGCACCUUUAUAUGAUACCAGUCCGGUAUGCCCGCUGCUUUAG